GUUCUGUUUCAAACAAUAACACGCACACCACUCUGAGCAUCAGAAAGCUAGAAACAGUAUGUGGGUCUCUGCAGUCUCACCUCACCAUUUCUCAUUGACAAACUCUUCCCAAUUCAACAACCCAAACCACUCUGAGCAUCAGAAAGCUAGAAACAGUAUGUGGGUCUCUGCAGUCUCACUUCACCAUUUCUCAUUGACAAACUCUUCCCAAUUCGACAACCCAAACAACCUCAUCACAAGAUGGAAGCCCGAGUUCACUUCAGUAAGGUGCAGUACCAGCACUGCAGGUCGAAGAAGCGCGAGAACAAGGAAGAGUUACCAUGAGUUGCUUGGAGAUUCUGUUGACUCAAAUACUCAGCAGAUCAAAGAAGCUUACAGGAAGCUUCAAAAGAAAUAUCACCCAGAUGUUGCAGGCGAAAAGGGACAUGAGUACAGUUUGAUGCUGAAUGAGGCGUAUGGGGUUCUGGCAUGGGAAGAUCUCAGAAGAGAGUAUGAUGCUUCAAUCGGCCAAAUGAGAGUGGGGUUUUGGGGAAGCUUUUCUGGCUUGGGUUACCGUUCAUGGAAAGGCCCCUUAAGACCCCAAGCAUCUAUAGGUAGCAGAGAAUGCGUCCACCAUGCAGGUAACACUUUUGUGAUGGUAGAUGCUCUUGGGUGUGCAAGAGUCAAAGUUCGGUAUGGAGAUGAUGACAAGAAAAUUGAGGUUUGGGUUGAUUCAUGCCUAGUAAACUGGAUUCACUGGGUGGAUAGGGAAGAGUUAGCAAUACUAAAGUUCCUGAUUCAGCCUCAACCUCAGGAAGGCUAUGGUGUUUUUGGAGGAGGAUGGGAAAGACCUGCAAUUGUUUUCAUGGCAGCCAAGCCCUCCAAAAAGCGGCCCAAUCAGCAGGAUGACUACAAUCGAAUGAAUGCAUCCAGAGAAGAAAAGACUUCCAAUUCAUUUGUGGAAAAAGUGAAGGAAAUUGUCAGUAGUCGUGUUGCUUUUCUGGUGGGACUCGUCUCAGAAAAAGGAAAAUGAAGAGUAAAUAUACAAGAUAUGUAAAGAGGAGAGCAUGUAGAAGCUGGGUUUAGAGUUAAAAUCAACUCACAAUUGUGUAAAUAUUAUCCGUUCUGAUCUAUAAUAUCUUUAUGGUUUUAAAAAUUA